AUACAAUUCCCUCACUUGCUUUUCUCCUCACUUGCUUUUCUUUGCCUUCUUCUUCUCUUAUUCAAAAUGCAGCACCAAGCAAAGCAAUCGUACUCGGGGAACGACACGUUGUGGAGGAUAGAGCGGAUGGCGGCGGAGAACGCGGUGGUCAUGUUUAGUAUGAGCUCAUGUUGCAUGUGUCACGCUGUGAAGCAGCUGUUUUGUGGAAUGGGAGUUAACCCUACGGUUUAUGAGCUCGACGAGGACCCGAGAGGGAAGGAGAUCGAGAAGGCGUUGAUGCGGUUAAUGGGAAGCUCCUCCCCUGCCAUUCCCGCUGUCUUUAUCGGCGGGAAACUUGUUGGCUCCAUGGAUAGAGUCAUGGCCUCUCAUAUCAAUGGCUCCCUUGUCCCUCUCCUCAAAGAUGCUGGCGCUCUUUGACUCUGAAGAAUUUCAAAUUGUGUUAUGUUUAUUGUGAAUUGGGUGCUUGUAAUAAUGAGCUGUGUUCGUUUCUCGAGUUUUUCGAGUUUGAAAUUUUCAUUUCUGUUUGUGUAUCGAGCAAAUUAUUCUUCAACCCGUCAAAAUUGA